AUGUCUGACGGUGUGCGCCACCUGCUCGUAUGCCGUGUGGUCCUUGGCAGAGUCUACUACACAGACACCAAGGACACGGAUCCCCGAGCUUGUGAGGAUGCCUGCCUCAAGGGCCCUGGCGCUCAGAAGAUUAGGGGGGAUGCGAUGAAGGGGGGAGGGGUGGGAGUUUGGGAUUGCUUGCCGAAACAAAUGGUUCAGGGUCUAGGCAUAGAAGGUUUGAGGGUUUUGAGUUAG